ACUCACUACUCAUAUAUUUCUUAAAACAAAAUUAAAUUAAAUAAUUUCAUUAUAAUAAACCAAUUUACCCGUUAAUUAUUUUAAAAAUAAUUUUUAAAAUUCAAGUGCGCAAUAUUUAAAUAUUACGGAUUUAUAAUCAUUUUAAAAACACCCGCCACGUUUAAAAUCUCUUGUCAUUGUCCGUAAUUAAAAAUCCUCAUACUCUGUCUCCUUUCAUUGCUUGUUUGUAUACCUAUUGGACAUACGCUCUUUUGGAGGUUUCUAGAAGUGAGAAGGAAAGAAGAACGACACUGAAUACACACUAAUACUAAUAAAAAAAAAUAUAUAAAAAAUACUGUACUAUACCAGUACAAGUGAACUAUACAAUCACCAUCAUCAACAUCAUCAAUAUCAUCAGCAGUAGAAGCUAAGGCAGUAACUUGAGCAACCAAAUCACCACCAUCGUCGUGUUGUGUUGUAUUACUGAUUAAAAAUUUAAUUGAUACACUUGGAUACUUAAAAUUAUUUUUUUAAAAUAAUUUACACCCGUGCCAAGACUUACAACCCGGGUUCAGCGCGGGCAUUAUUUAUCGUAAGAGUCCUAUAAUAAACUGAAAAAAUGGCAGCAUUGCCAAGAAGAAUCAUCAAAGAAACACAGAGACUGAUGCAGGAGCCCGUUCCCGGCAUCAGUGCGGUACCAGAUGAAACCAACGCAAGAUAUUUCCAUGUCAUUGUGACUGGACCAGAGGAUUCACCAUUUGAAGGCGGAUUAUUUAAACUAGAAUUGUUUUUACCAGAAGAUUACCCGAUGAGUGCACCCAAAGUUCGGUUUAUCACUAAAAUUUAUCAUCCUAAUAUUGACAGGCUCGGCAGGAUUUGCUUAGACAUACUCAAAGACAAAUGGAGUCCAGCUCUACAAAUAAGGACAGUCUUGCUUUCUAUACAGGCACUAUUGAGUGCACCGAAUCCGGAUGAUCCACUAGCAAAUGAUGUUGCCGAACUGUGGAAAGUUAACGAAAGUGAAGCGAUUCGAAAUGCCAAAGAGUGGACACGUAGAUACGCUAUGGAAAACUGAUCUCAGCCUUGUCGUUAUUAUCCACCAUUAAACGUGUUGUUGUUGUUGUUGUUGUUAUUGUCACCGUCAACAAGUCCGACAAUUAUCAGCGACUUAAAAUAAAUAUUUUCCUGGCACACUGGUCUUGUACCGCACUCACCAUCCGUGUCCACUAUUUUGCUAUGCAAAUAAAGAUAAAUUUUUUUAAAGACAAAGAGUAAAACAAUAAACAAUACAUUAUAUAAUAAUAAUAAUAUUAAUAAUAAUAAUAAUAAUAAUAAUAAUAAUAAACAAAUUUAACUAAAGAAGCUGAAGUAACAAAUAAUUAAACGCUGUAAUUUAUCGACAGCAAGUGAUGGUUUUGAAAAUUAUUUUUAAAUUAACAGUUUGAUCUUUUUUCUUUCGAGUCCCCCGUUUUUUUUAGUAGAUGAUGUAUAGACUAACAAUUAAUAAGCAACCGGAAAAAAAUUGUGCUCUUUAAAUUAUUUGUAAACCAAAAUAAUUAAAUGAGUGUGAAUGUAGCGAACAUCAGACAAAUUUAAAAUCAUCAAUAAAUAUAAUUAAUAAAAUUAAAUUUAAAAAAAAUACGCAUUCAAAAAAUUUUAAAAUUAAUGAGUGCAUUUUUUAUUAAUAUUUUUUUUUAAUUAUUUAUAAUUUUAAAUUUGUCUGAUGUCUGCUACAUUCACAAUCAUAAUAAUUGAAUGCAAUGCAAGCUGAUGGUGAUUUAAUAUUUUCAUUAAUCGACUUGCACUGCUGAUAAAUGUAUCAAGUGCUUUCGUAUUAUUUUUUUCUUGAAUUUUUUAUUUGCGAAAUUCUUUAGUAAUUUAAUAAAAGUAUAAAUUAUAAAGAUAAUUAAAUUAACCAACAAAAAAAAACGAAUGCUUGACACGUGUUUUUCUUUUGAAUUUAUUAGAGAAGCACUCCAUUAAAGCACGUUUUUUAAAACAGAUUUAACACUAAUAUUAUGCUUAACGUAUAAUUAAAUUAAUGACUAAAGAAGAUUAAUAAUAAUAAUAAUUAUUAUUAUUUAUAAUAACAGCGACAAUUCAUAUAGUAAUUGAUUGUGGGUAAAAGACGUAAUUAGUCUUGUUUUUAAAAUUGAAAAUUUGUCGAUAAAAACUCACGAUCAUGAUGGCUGGAUUAAAAACGAGUUAAAUUGAUAUUAAAUGCAUUUGGUCAUCGGGCCAUAGAUUCCAGGUGUACAGUAUUAAGGAUAUUAAACAAGAGAACAUAAAUAAUAAACUCAGCUGUGCUUAUUAUUAAUAAUGUACCCAGGUCUUGAAAAAAAAAAAAAAAAAUCAAUUCAAUAACAAUGUGGAUAAAUAAUAUUUGAAUUUUUUUCUUCCGGUUUGUGAUAAAUCCGUGCUUUCACAUCUCCUGUCCUUUUUAUUGUACAUAGAAUUAAUUUAAAAUAUAUGAUAAUAAUAAUAAUUAUAGUCGCGACAAGUUUUCUUCUUUUUCUUUGAAUGCAUUUAAAAAUUAAUGAUACUGAAGACAGCUGACGUCUAAUAAUUUUUGGAUUUUUUUUAUUAACAAAUUAAUUGAAAAAAAAAUUAAAAAAUGCACAUGUAGAAAAUUUAAAAAACUACAAGUGCAAUUUUUUAAAAUAUUUUUUGAUAAUUCAUAAUUUUGAAAAAAUUCCACAAAUUAUUAGACGUCGACUUGAGUAUCAUAAAAAUUAAUGUCGCAAGUAAAGUUGGAUAAUAAAUAAUUAUUUGAUCGAUUGCUUGUCGGAAAAAGAUAAGAUGACGUUUGCAUUUAUCUUAAAUACUCAAAGACGUCUGAUGAAUUGAUUGAUUGAUUGAAUGUUGCUUUAAAAAUAUGUAAACUCAUCGUAUUUUAUAAAUAAAAUAAAUUGAGUAAUUAAUAAAAUAAAUAAAAGGUUAAAUAAAUGAUUAAAUUUAA